AGCAGAAUUACUUUGAAUGCGAGGUUUUAAUGACCAACAAUUGAUAAAUUCGACUAUACAAAAAUUCCAUUUCCGCAAUUUGAAAUGUCAAAAUGGCGGACGAUGCUGAAAACGACGAUCAAUGGUUAUACGGCGAUCAGCCCGAAAUUUCUCAAGAGGAGCCUUCAGCGGAUCCUCCCCCGAAUGAAGAGUCUCCUACAAAGCCUGAAGAAACAGAAACUUUGCCUCCUCCAAAGCCCAUCGAUGAUGACAAACCACCAGGUGUUGAUGAUGAACCUGAGAAGGAACCCACUAACGAGAAAGAAGAUGAAGAGGAUGGAGAAGUGCAGCAGAAUGGUGAAGAAGAAGACUUAGACGACGACAGUGAUGAUGAUGUUAAUGUUGUCAUUGGGGAUAUCAAAACGACUCCUUCUUACACCUCUCUUAAUAUCAAACGAAGCGGUUUGUUGACUACUACGGCUCCCGUUGAUAAGACUAAACAGGCCCAACAACCUGGCAAAUUUACCGUUGACGAAUUUGAUCAGGCUGGGAUGAUAAAUGGCGUUCCCGCGACUGAGUACAAUUUAGAUUCAUUAGAAGAUAAACCUUGGAGAAAACCUGGCGCUGAUAUAACUGAUUAUUUUAAUUACGGGUUUAACGAAGAUACAUGGAGGGCGUAUUGUGAAAGACAAAAACGAAUGAGAAUGACUGAAUCAGGAGUUGGUUUAGCGGCACAAAUGACAUCAAUUGCACGAGGUACAGUUCCAAUUAUGAACGAUAACAGUAAAUAUUCAGGAAAUUUCCUUGGAAUACGCAAAGCAGGGCCACCACCAGGAAGACGUAUGACUGGGUCUAUAGACGUCAUUGGCGGUACAGCCCAAAGGGCCACUCCCACUCCCGUAGGCAAGGUGGAACCACCUAAAAUGAACGUUAUUCAGGUCAUGACCGCUGAUAGAAGAGAGUACAGUAGGAAACCCACAGGUUUCCCAGACAUGUCCGUUCCUCCUCCCAGCACCUUUGAGGAUUUCCAGCCCGAGUACGGUUUCAAUCCAGAGCCUGAGCCUUUUUAUGGAGGCUACGAACCAACGCAAGAUUCUCAAUGGGGAGCCGAAGGUCCUAAUCCAUUGGGGCCACCUCCAAACAUGCACAUGGGACCUCCAAUGAAUCUUCCAAUGCCUGUUCCGUCACCAAGAAAGGAUAGUCCAACUCGGAGGGACUCAAAAGAAAGGGAAAGGACGAGGGAAGACAGUAGAGCGAGGUCUGAGAGGCCGAGGGAUAGGGAUAGGGAACGGUCCCAUAGAAGAGAAAGGUCAAGAAGUAGGUCGAGAAGACACAAAUCAAGGUCUAGGAGUCCUAGCCAUAGGCACAGGAAAAAGAAGUCAAGGCGGCAUGAUGAAAGCGAUUAGGUUUAGGCUUAGUUAAUAAGGGAUAAAAUCGUUUUGUUCACCUUCCCUAUGUAAGCAUUUCUCUAGGUUUUGUAUUUAUUUUUUUGAAAUAAAUCAGUUGUCGAAAC